AUGAAGCCAGUUGUCACGGAGAACGUGUUGGUAGACGGCGCGCGCAUCGCGUAUGGGAUUCACGGAGAAGGUGAUCCAGUAGUCCUCUUACACGGCACGCCGUCCUCCUCUCUAAUCUGGCGGAACAUUAUCCCUCACUUGGUGAACGCUGGAUUCAAAGUUCACGUCCACGAUCUACUCGGAUAUGGUGUUUCAGAGCGCCCAUGGGAUCCAAGCAUCGACACAUCCAUUUCAGGCCAAGUGCCCAUCCUCGAAGGACUACUGGAACACUGGGGAUUGAAGCAAGCCCACAUCGUAGCGCACGACAUCGGCGGCGGGAUCGCACAGCGCCUCGCCAUUUUCUCCCCACAGCGCGUCCUAUCACUCACGAUGAUCGACGUCGUCAGCUUCGACAGCUAUCCCUCGAAGCGCACGAAACAGCAAAUGGAGCAAGGCCUGGAAGUCCUCAUCAAGACGAAAGACGAGGACCAUCAAGCCCAUUUCAGGGAAUGGCUAAUUUCCGCCGUCCACGAUCCGCAGAACCUCGCGGCCACGAGUCUUGACACCUACCUCUCCUACAUCUCUGGACCCGUUGGCCAAGCCAGUUUCUUCCAGCAUCAGGUCCGGCACUAUGAUCCCAAGCAUACAAUGGAGGUCGCAGGCCGGUAUCACGAGCUGUCGCAGUUGCCGGUCAAGUUGAUUUGGGGCAGGGAUGAUGCGUGGCAGGUGCUGGAUUUGGCGCAUCGAUUGCAUGAGGCGAUUCCUGGCUCCGAAUUGAGUGUUGUUGAUGGCGCGGGUCAUUUCUCGCUGGAGGAUAAGCCGGAGGAGAUCGCGGAGCUCCUUGUUGACUUUUUGAAGAAGCAUCCCUAA